GUUAUUGAAACGACACAGACUCAGAGAAAGAAACUCGCAUAACCUACGGCACUUGAAUGCAGCAUCGUUUCCGCACAUUUGCCUUGCAAUGGGUCAAUUUAAAAGAAAGAGAAAAUGAAAGUUGUACCGGCUCGCGUUGCAUCAUUAGCCGUCUGAGGCUCGUGCACCCGAACGCAUCAUCACACCCACCGGCUCAGGAAUUCAUUCCGAGUAACACACUUUCAGACUCAACAAGUUCAUUAGCAACCACUUGACUUUUGCAUAGCUUCCUAAGCAACCAGCACUCUCGUUCUCCCACUCCAGGUUAUUCACAGGUUAUUUUAAGCUGUACUCAGUCGCACUGGUGUCGCGCUAACUCCAGGAUUUGAAUGGCACCGGUUCUACUUGCGAAUACACCGUUGAUCCUGGCUGGGUGAAGGUCAGUCGGUCCAGCCUAGUCUUCUGUUCAGGACGAGAUGUCCCCGUUAUUGAUGGACACCGGCUACGAGACCAUAAGCCCCAGUUCCAUGUCAGCUGAGGAGAACCACAGCAGCAACGCUGGUUCGGAAAGAGACGGAGAGGGAGAACAGGUGGGGACCAGAGGGGCCAAAAGACAGGAGAAGAACAGAAACGCUGCAAGGAAGAGUCGCAAGAAGCAGACAGAGAGAGCAGACGAUCUUCAUGAGGAGUUGCAGAAUCUAGAGCGAUCAAAUUCAGCCUUUCAGAAGGAGAUCGCCUCGUUGAAGAAAGAUCUCCACUUCUAUACGACGGCUCUGGAGCGCCACCAGCCUCACUGCACCCUCAAAGCCUCUAAAUCCAGCUCAACAACUCACCUCUCAGUUCCCCCUUCAGCUGAGUGUGAGACCGGCUCCAGGCCUCUUCAAGCCUCAAGCUCCACUCAAGCUGCUGCCCCCUCACACUCUACCCCCUUAACCUCCACCCUUGAAUGUGUAGACAGCUCUUAUCGUUCAUCCACAAUCCCUCCUCCGACAGCUUCAUCAUUAGAUUCAUCUACAGUCUCAUCUGCUCAAUUCUUCACUCCCUCCUGCUCAAAAACUGUUCCUUAUUCUUCCCCUUUGUCCACAGUCCCGUCUCCUCUCUCUUUGUUUUGUGAAACUCUUCCAUCCCUAAUCACAUCAAGGAUGACAAAAGCGUCAACCAUCUGCACCAGCCUGAUUUCAAGCCCAGUCCACUCCAGCUCUGUCACCACACCUGCUCAGCCUAAAUCUAGGAAACGCUCAAUCCAUGCAAGUUCUUCAUUUUCAGCAAAUGCUUGUUUCUCUACAAAGCCUCCUGAUGCCUCCCCAAUGAAACAAGCCUCUUUUCAAUCUCCUUCAUCAGAUGCAGUCCCCACUUACUCCCCUUUUGGUUUGGAAAACACAGGUCAAACAUCACAAGGAUGUCCCAUGAAUUUAUCACAGCUUCAACAAGGUAACAACAAUGGAAAUCCAGUGAAUCCAAGUCCAAUGUACUCCCUUUCACCAUCAGCUUUUCAAGAUCCUGGUCUGCAGUUCCUCUCAGUUUCCCCAAAUCCUACACCUUUGCUUUCCCAACUCACUGUCCCAAGUCCCCUUAAUGCACCUCAGACUACCUCUAUCAGCUUUGAAGGACUGCUUUCUCAAACUUCACUUCAAACUUUAGUGGAUUAUCCUGUGGAGGAUUCCCUUUCUGAGCUCCUGAACAUCAAUGAGUGGAUACUACAGUAAGCAGGACUAGUAGCUAGCAGCACUACAUGUCACAUAGUACAGACGACCAGAUACCCUGUGAAUGGAUGUUUAAUAAUUUAUGUAUUUCUAUAUUUUAAUGUUAUAUUCAGAUAAAUAGUUACUAACUUUGGAGUUAUUUUCAAACAAGUUGAACCAAGUGGUUCAAAAGACAAAUCUGAUUACUGAGAACUUUUUCUAAAACAACAGGGCAGCUUACUAGAAUUGAAAAGAUUUCACAGCUAUAUCUACAUCUAUAAAAUGCAGGUUUUAUGAUUUAUAAAAGACAUGCUUAUUUAUCUGAAACCAAACUGAAAACGACCCAAGGGACGGGUCAUAUGAACAUGUGAACUGUUGCUCAUAUUUACCCUUUUUCUCCUUAAUGGGGUGCUUUAGUGAUUUCGUAGUGCAAGUAAAACUUCUAUCUGGAGUCCUAUAUUUGUACUCCUAUAGCCGCAGAACUAUCUAACUUUGUAAUAACAGGCCGAACUCUCAUCAGUAACAAACUACAUGUCUAAAAAGCUGCUGGAGAUCAAAUGUUAACCAUAUAUGAAAUCGAAUCCAGCAGUGUCCAAGUUUUUCAUUUUGAAAGUCUCAGAGUAAGGCGUUCUGCCUUCCUGGGUCCACAGAUGAUGCACUGAAGAAGUGACUCAAUAUUCGAUUAACACAGAUUGUUAUUUCAAUCAGGGUGGGAUACUCACUUCCCUGCAACUUCAAGGAAAUGUCCUUGGGAGACACGCCCAUCUGGGCCAAAAGCAAGUUGCUGUACGAGUAAAAAUAUUAAUAAUACAUGUACCACACCUGCCCAGGCAACAUGUUACAAACACCAUAACUUCCUUCUUUCCUUUUUACUCCAUAUGCACCCCAUAGAAAUACUCACUUCACACAUCUCACUUCUCUGGAAACUUGUUUAUGCAAUGCAUGCACUACUUGCAUGGUGAAGGUCAAUCAAUAAAUCAACUUCCUUUAACAGGCAGAAACCUCCAGCAGGACCAGACUCAUGUUAGACAGCCAUCUGCCUCAACUGAGUUGGGGUUGGGAAGAGGGAUAGAGGAGAAUAAGAGAGAGAGAGAUGAUAGUGAUGAGACGGAUCGUAGUAUUAGUAGUAACUACUGUUACUGCUGGUGAUUUCAUCACCUGCCAAUUCCCUUGGAGUGAAUUCUCCUGACCUUUACUUGAUGUGUCCAUGGAUCGGCUUAAUCUUACCUCUUGCGGAAAUUUCACAAUGUUCAUAGGAAGAUUGCAGAUUAAGUCUACUUAACACUUCAAUCAUUUGCCUUCACACAUAGUGUUCACCAUGAAAAGUUCUAGCAAUGUUCAGGGUUUAGUGCAUAUGUGAAUACAGCUUUAGUCAUUCCUACCUAAACUCUAGUUCAAAAUGCCAAAAAACUAAAACAGUGCAUUGUGGGUCCUUCGUGGUCAAAUCUUGCUAUGAUUGCAGACACAAACAUGUGACAACUUUGAGUCACUGAAUGAUCAAAGGCAGAUAGAUGUAUCAUUUAAUACAUUGCAUAGAUUUUAGGAUAACCUUGUAUUAAGAUUGUAAAACUUGAAUUUUUAACUAUGUGUUUUGACCAUAGAUUGUAUAAUUAAUGGAUGUGGUAUACGUGACAUCACCCUUCUAUUUCUGAAGCGCUUUUGAAGCCGAUCGUCCGCGGGUGCCAUAUUGGAAAUGCUAAACUCAACUUAACUGCUGUCGAGGUGGGUUUUGAGCCAGGCUGU